CGUAAUGGCGUCCUCCAUCGACACAAGGCUACUUUUCGAUUUACCCUCAGAUAGGCUAUUACUGAGCCAUAUUUGAAUUAAAGAGGUAUGCCCCAAAAUGGAUUCUCAGUUGGCUACAGUCCUGACCAGUGGGAGCCUAAAUGUUCAAAAUGGCAGCCAGUGCACACAGAUAUCAGGGCCACUUUCCGAGGUUUGUUUAGAGCCAGAGGGAGAAGAGACCUCCUCCAGCACUGUGCCAGGUAACCUCCAGCCAUGCCCUGUACAAAUAGCACUGACCAUCAGGCAGGACUCACUGUCAAUCAAUGGAAAAAAGCCAGAGGGAGGCGGGACUUCAAAGCCAGCGUCCCACGAGACAAGUAAGAGUGGUGGAUUCAGGGAACCAAUUACAGUCAAGACCGGAGUGCCUAUUCUGCGCAGGGAGCCAAUCAGAAUCCGCAUAGUUGCUCCCCCACAGUGCAAAAGGCCAAUCACAGCCUCCACCCUCAGCCUCACCAAAGACCUGACCCUCUCCCGUUUGAAAAAGCCUGCGGUGGUCCCAGCUGGAGAUCAAAACACAACUAAGAGUCAAACCAGUGUUAACAGUGAGCCCAAAAUCAAGAUGGACACUCAAAAGCCUGGGCAAGAAUCUUUGAAAAGCAGAGAUACAGUUAAAAAAAUAAUUUACAAAGAGAAAGAUUUGUGUCAAGAUAAAAAUAAUACUGAUGCUUUAGAGACCCUUCUUAUCUCGAGCAAUGAUACAGUCAAAAUACUAACCCAGUGUAAGAUUAAAGAGGAGCCAGAGGAGGAUCUACAGAAAAACAUUCCUAUAUUUUGGGAAAGGAUGCCACUGAACGGUUUGAAGAUAAACGCUAUGGAAAUAGAGGAACAGACUGAACCACUGGACUUAAGUCUACCCAAAAAACGUGAGAGGCGAUACGGGCGAUUAUUGGAAGACUGGGGAGAGAGUUCACUUAUUAUGGAAGUGGAUGAGUAUGAAGGGGAAGGGGAUAGAGACAUUGUAGAAGACGACAGUGACUUAGAGGUGUUUUGUACUAACGAUUUACAACUCUCCCCGUCUAUAUUUGAUUCUUCUAUAGACUGUAACACAGAAGACCUCCUUUUAAUAGACGAUCAAGGUAUCCCGUACACCCUGAGCCCGGAUGGACACAAAUUGCCACAAGUUGAUAUUUCUAAGCUGGAGCAAAUGAAAAGUGUAGAUGAAGACGGGCAAGUUUUAUCAACAGAGGAAGUUACAAGUCAUAGCCAUAAUAUUGACAAUGAACAAAUAGACGCGUCCUUUGAUAAGCCAGUGGACGAAACUCCGCCUCCCUCGCUCACACCUCAGCUGGAGGAGAACCCCAGUGAAGACACAACAGAAACUCAGCCCCACCAGGAAGUUCAACCCCCAUCUGCAGUAUCCCUACUCAAUCAGCCCAUUCAAAUCCUCACUAAUUCCACUAACAACACGCCCAUCGUCUUCCUCACCUCCUCUUCAUCCUCUGUCCAAACUCCUAUAAGCCUGUCUUUGCCUUUUUCGCAGGCUCCAUCCUCCACGCCGAUGCUGCUCCUCCUCUCCCCCGUUGCGCCCUCUGCUGGUGAGGCCACCGCUACCUCCACGCCCAUCGCCGUUCUCGACCCCACCACGGGUCAAAUAUCGCAGAUUGCAACUGCAGCACCUCUGGGUCAAAUGGGUGCAACCGUAUCGCCUCUGUCCCACCCCGUGAUUAGACUAAGCCCAAGUAACCCGCAGAUCAUUCUCUCAGGCAACACUGUCCUCAGCUCUCUGUCUGUUCAUGAGUCCAGUCUACAAAUGGACCAGAAUACUUCCUCUGCAACGCUUUCUCAUAAUCCAAUAAGCUCUUCCGAAUCCACGCCAUCUGGAAAUCAAGCCAUAUUUUCCGAAGAUACUGAAGACAAGCCAUCAACUGCCGGUUCUGCUCCUGCACAACCUCCUGCUUUAAACUUAGAUUCCUCCUCUCAACCUGGCAACGAAGCAGUUGACCAAUCACCCUCCACAGACACCAAACCCGAUCUCUCUGACCCCAAAUUCGAACUGAACGACCACCUUUAUUACAACUGCGCAGCGCCGCCUUCACCUUCGCUUAUGUGCACCACCAAACUGGAGCCCAUGGACCAGGUAGACCCCCUCUCUCCGGACUGGACCCCUGACGGGCAGGGUGCUCGCAGGGUGCUGUACUGCCAACUGUGCCCGCGGGUCUUCUUUUACAUGUCAGAUCUGGAGCGCCACGCCAUCACACACUCACAGAAGAAGCCCCACGUUUGCCCACAGUGUGGCAAAGCAUUCAAGCGCUCCAGCCAUCUACAGAGGCACAAGCACAUUCACACGGGCCAGAGGAACUACGUCUGCCCAAUCUGUGCCAAACGUUUCCGGGAGGCGGGCGAGCUGCAGCGUCACCAGCGGGUCCACACAGGAGAGAAGCCGUACCAGUGCCAGCUGUGCCACACGCGCUUCGCCGAAAGGAACACACUGCGCAGACACACCAAGCGCAAGCACCCCUACCACCAGGUCGCCAUGGAGAUGCUGAGCGACAAGAAGAAUGGAGGAGGUAAAAGUGCAUCUGCGGUGCAGGAGGAGGAGAGUGCGGAGUGGUACAGCUCCUCUGUGUCACACAUGGACAACUCAGAGUCCGAGGCAGAGGCAUAGAGACUGAAGGGAGGCCACUUCCUCUUUUAGAUUUCAACACAUUCACAAAGGGAGCACUUUCAUUUAUGUUGAAACUUAUUUAUUAUUACAUUAUAUUCCCAUUCCACUGGACAGGGCCAAAUGCUGGAUUCCAAAUCAUGUAUGAUUAUUUUAAAGUAUAAAGGGAAGACAUUAUUUUCCCUUAACUGAAAAAUGUCUAACUUAUAAAUCCUAUGAAUUUAUUACAUUUGCAUUUGAUGCAUAAAAGAUAUAGAACCCUUAAGAGAAAAUACGUUUAUUGAGUGCCAGAGCUGUAUAUAAAAAUAGUAUUGUUGAACUGCACUACUACGAGAGAUGAAGUAUCUUUCAACUGUCAGACACUGUGAGUCAUUUGCACUUUUCUUUGUCAUUUUAUAG